AUGUUGCGGGACCAAGAGCCUAGACAGUGUUCUGAGAAUAUUCUGGAAGCUUUUACAACUAGACAAGAAGGCCAGAUUCCAGCAGAGUCUGGGGUUAUGGGAUUGAGCUCAGGAAACUCCACAGAAGGUCUGGGGAUAGAAAGAGCCCAUUCGGAUCUGCCUGCUUUGGCAGCCUGGACGGGGGUGAGUGACUGGGUCAGGAGCAGUGGCCCCACCCUGCUCAGUGGACACUCCGUAGACUUCUUGCCUGAGCUGAGAAAGUGGGGUUGUCAUGGCAACAGGACCAUGAAGCGGCUGGUCACGCUGCAUCUGCAGUCAGAAAGCAGACAGGUGAACUCUGGUGCUCAGUUCAGGACCCCAGGCCGUGGGAUGAUGCCAUCCACAUUUGAGUCAUUAGCUGUCUCAACUAAUUGUGAAACUCGGACCACCGCUCCAGCGGGCUGCUGUGUGUACAGGGAAGAAAGACGAUGGUACGUGGAUCAUGGUGUCCCGGGACCCGUGGCCGGCACUGAUGACCGCUGACCUCUGGAGGAAGCAAUGGCCACAGGAUUCACCUCUUCUCCACAGGCACCCAGAAGAGCCCGGAAGAGAGCAGAAGGCACAGCCAGUUCCAAUGUCUUCUCCAUGUUCGACCAGUCCCAGAUUCAGGAGUUUAAAGAGGCCUUCACUAUCAUGGACCAGAACCGGGAUGGCUUCAUCGACAAGGAGGACCUGAGGGACACCUUCGCCGCACUGGGUCGCAUAAAUGUCAAGAACGAGGAGCUGGAAGCCAUGGUGAAGGAAGCUCCAGGGCCCAUCAACUUCACUGUCUUCCUGACCAUGUUUGGGGAGAAACUCAAGGGCACGGACCCGGAAGAGACCAUACUGCACGCCUUCAAGGUGUUUGACACAGAAGGAAAAGGAUUUGUCAAGGCUGACUUCAUUAAGGAAAAGCUCAUGACCCAGGCUGACCGCUUCAGUGAGGAGGAGGUCAAGCAGAUGUUUGCAGCUUUCCCACCCGAUGUCUGUGGCAAUUUAGACUACAGGAAUCUAUGCUAUGUUAUCACACACGGGGAGGAGAAGGACUAG